CCUUUCAGCCACACUCAGCCUCCUUCCCCCCUCCCUCCUCUCACAGUCUCACACAGCCUCACACAGCCUGCAUGCACGUUCUCGAGAGAUGUGGUAACACAUCUUUACAGGGAACCAACCCGGUCAAACACUGGGGGUCCCCCCCUUCUCCUUCCAUCCCUACUGCAGCUCAGACACAGGAGCACCUCAUCAGCCAGGACUUACCCAAGACCUUCCUAGCUAGUGAGCUCAGCAUCUCCUAACUCCUGGGUACCACUUUAUGUGGAGACGUGCUACCUGUUUCUCCACAGAAAGGAUUGAGGAUCACAGCAGAAGAACAUUCUUCUCACAUUAUCCAGACAGAAGAGAGAACCCAACAUCACUCCUUUAUUCCCCCAGAAGCCAGCAGUCAUGAUUCCUGCCUCAGGAACCCUCUCUAAAAGCUCUAGCUCAUCAUCAGAAGUGGAGAUCUGAUUAAGAAGAGCACCCAGCAGGAUCAGGGACCAUGCUGCGGCAAAGCAUUGCGGUACUAAUCAGCACUAUCGCAAAGCUCAGACAUUUGCCAUUGAUAUUAUAGACGAUUCCCCCCAGAAGCCUGAGAGCGUUUUGUCCCUGCCAGAAGAUGUUUGUGUGGCUCUUCCUGUUUCUCACCACCCCAAUCUCCUCCACCAACCCGGACUCUGAGCUCUCCCUAGAGAUCUGCAAUGUCUGCUCUUGCAUAUCGGUUGAAAAUGUGCUCUAUGUCAACUGUGAGAAGGUGGCAGUCUACAGACCAAAUCAGCUUAAACCCCCUCUUUCUAAUUUCUACCAUCUCAACUUUCAGAACAACCUGCUCAUCAUCCUUUAUCCCAACACCUUCCUCAACUUCACACAUGCAGUAUCACUGCAACUGGGCAACAAUAAACUGCAGAACAUCGAGGGAGGAGCAUUCCAGGGGCUCAGUGCAUUAAAACAGUUGCACUUGAACAACAAUGAAUUAAAGGUCCUGAGGGCUGACACAUUUCUGGGCAUUGAGAAUUUGGAGUAUCUCCAGGCUGACUACAAUUUAAUCAAGUAUAUUGAACGGGGAGCCUUCAAUAAACUUCACAAGCUUAAAGUCCUUAUUCUAAACGACAAUCUGAUUUCUUUUCUCCCUGACAAUAUAUUUAGGUUUGCCUCCCUAACCCAUUUGGACAUUAGAGGAAAUAGGAUCCAGAAGAUGCCAUACAUAGGUGUUCUGGAGCACAUUGGGAGGGUGGUGGAACUUCAGUUGGAGGACAAUCCUUGGAAUUGUACAUGUGAUCUGUUGCCCCUGAAAGCUUGGUUGGAAAACAUGCCCUAUAACAUCUACAUUGGAGAAGCUAUAUGUGAGACGCCAAGUGAUUUGUAUGGUAGGUUAUUAAAGGAGACCAAUAAACAGGAACUGUGCUCUAUGGGCAUUGGUAGUGAUUUUGAUGUGCGUAUUUUGCCCCCAUCCAUGGAAACAACAUUCACUACUCCUGGGGGGAACACUGCACAAACAUCACAAGGCAGGUUGGUUACUAAGCCUCCUAAGACCACCAAUCCAUCCAAGAACUCUGGAAUAGUGUCUGGCAAAUUUGUCUCUAACCACACUCUGAGUCAGAUAGUGUCCUUUCAAACCAGGGUGCCUCCUCUAUCACCCUGCCCAUCGCCAUGUGUUUGUAAAACUCACCCUUCUGAUUUGGGAUUGAGUGUAAAUUGCCAGGAAAGAAAUAUUGAGUCAAUGGCUGAACUUGUCCCUAAACCUGUCAAUGCAAAGAAAUUGCAUGUUAAUGGCAAUUUCAUCAAAAACGUAGCACAAUCGGAUUUUGCAGAAUUUGAUGGUCUGGAUUUACUCCAUUUAGGCAGUAAUCAACUGACUUCUAUUCAAGGAAACGUGUUCAAUAACCUGACAAAUUUAAGGAGGUUGUAUCUAAAUGGGAACCAACUGGAACGUUUAAGUCCUGAGAUAUUUGCUGGUUUGUACAACCUGCAGUAUCUUUACCUGGAAUACAAUGUCAUAAGGGAAAUUUUGGGAGGGACAUUUGAGUCCAUGCCAAACCUCCAACUGCUUUAUCUAAAUAACAAUCUUCUGAGAAGUUUGCCUGCUUAUAUUUUUUCUGGAGUGCCCCUGGCCAGGCUCAAUAUAAGGAAUAAUCAUUUCAUGUACUUGCCUGUAAGUGGCGUUCUUGACCAGCUCAGGUCUCUGACACAGAUUGAUCUUGAAGGAAACCCUUGGGACUGCACAUGUGAUCUGGUGGCUCUGAAGCUUUGGUUGGAGAAACUGAGUGAAGGAAUUGUCAUGAAAGAGGUGAAAUGUGAAACACCUGUGCAGUUUGCAAAUAUUGAGCUGAGAUCCUUAAAAAACGAAAUUCUCUGUCCCAAACUGAUUAACAAGCCACCCACCCAGUAUACAAGCCCUCUCCCAGCUGCCACCCUAACCACUCCACUGGGUCCUAUGAAAAGUCCACCAGGUGGACCUGUUCCGUUAUCUAUUUUGAUCCUCAGUAUUUUAGUAGUGCUAAUUUUGACAGUGUUUGUUGCAUUUUGUCUUCUUGUUUUUGUGUUGAGAAGAAAUAAAAAACCAUCAGUAAAGCAUGAAGGGAUUGGAAAUCAAGAGUGCAGCUCCAUGCAGCUACAGCUAAGGAAACAUGAUCAGAAAGCACUUAAGAUGGAUGGUAUAUCUGCAGAAACCUUUUUUCCACAGACUAUUGAGCAGAUGAGCAAAAGUCAUACAUGUGGCAUUAAAGAUUCUGAAGUAGGAUUCCCAUUUGUUGACCACCAGGGGGGGAAAGUAAAUAUAAGGAAUUUAACUGACAAGGAUAAAGAUUUGCAUGCUGAUAGAAAGAGACUUAGCACAAUAGAUGAAUUGGAUGAAUUCUUUCCGGGAAGAGACUCAAAUUUAUUUAUUCAGAAUUUUUUAGAAAGUAAAAAAGAAUACAAUAGCAUAGGAGUCAGUGGUUUCGAAAUACAUUAUCCAGAAAAGCUACAGGACAAAAAAUGCAAGAAAUCUUUAAUAGGUGGAAAUCACAGUAAAAUUGUAGUAGAACAGAGAAAAAGUGAAUAUUUUGAACUGAAAGCAAAGCUUCAAGGCACACCUGAUUAUUUACAAGUCCUUGAAGAGCAAACAGCAUUGAGCAAAAUGUAGGGCUUGCCAUGUAAACACCACUACAGACAAUUAUUAAAUGAUGUAAGUGCCUUUUGUAGACUUUUCACUUCCAAAUAUUAUCUAUAGGCAUAGAUUCAGGUGAUUUCAGGAGUGUCCAGUUGCUUAGGGGUGCACAUGUUGAAGACAUUCCCUUGUAGGGAUUACUUCUCAGAGCUGCUUCAUUCUGGAUUUCUCUAGGACUGCACCAGACACUAUUGCCAAAGGGAUACUUUAUAUUAUGACAAACAUAAUUCACCUCAACUGAAAGAGGCAUCUAUUAUCUACUGUAUAUUUUGUACCCAAAUGCAAAACUCCUGUCUCCAUGUGAUUGGUUAUUCAAAAAAAAAAAAAAAUAAGAAAAAAAAAAACAGUGAUUGUUUUUCCAUGUUCCUCUCAAAUGGAUAAAGCUGGUGAAAAAUGAAGAUUAUUGUUUAGGUCGAAAAGAAUGUUUAAAGAUGAUCAGAGAUGGUCAAGUAAAAAGCAUGCAAAAGGACAUCAGCUCAUGUAAAUCGGUAACAUGUAUGACCUUUUAUCUAAAAACAAGAAUUAAUCAUGUCAAAAUGUGAAAAUUCAGUAUAACUUGCUUUACAAAUCUAUAAAUAAAUUCAGUCACUUGAAAUCAUACUUGGCUACACGUAAAAAAAAAAAAAUAGAUAAAUAUGUUUAUUUAACAGGAUACGUUUUAGCAAAAAUGUGAAUCAAAUUAAGCAAAGUUAAAAAAAAAUAAAUAAUAAAUCAAUCAUUUUCAUUAUUUGCAAUCAAACAGGUUGCAGGAACUUUCCAGGUAUGCUUGCUAUGUGAGCGGAUUCUAAAGUAUUUUUUUAAAUAGAAUUCAUAUAUAUGAAAUACUUUGUAUACUAAAUAGAAAUCUAUGUAAUCCUUAAUAUGUAUUUAAAUGCCUGACUUGUUUCUGUGAUCACAAUGCAUUAAUCUUUAAAGUUAAACAUUCAGAUAUACCAAACUGAUACAGGAAAUGAUGUGUACACUUGACUUGAUUUAAUGUGAUCAGGUAAAAUAAAGGUUGUCCAACUAUAGUCGUGUGAGUGGUAGAAUGCUAUGUUCUGAUUUCAAUUUAUUCUUCUCAGUUGUGUUUGUAAGAGAACAAUAUUGACUGUUUUUGUUUAUUGUGAUAGCUUAUUAUCAGGCAAUAGGAAUGAACAGAAAUGUAAAAAUUUCUGUAAUUGAACCCCAUGCUUAGGACAUAAAAUAUUAACCUGCUAGUCACCGUGUUAUAUCAGGCAUUUCAUGAUAUAAAGGGUUUGCUCUAAUUCCCAAUCUCAAAAUGGAUAACAGAAACACCUUGGGCUUAUUAUCAAAAUGGCAGGACUGAUUAAAAAAAAAUACAAUAUGUUUGUUUUUAGGGAAUUCAGAUUGCAGCAAGACUGACAUAUUAAAAUUGAAAAGCAACACUGAAAAAAAUAUGUAUGUUAAUAUGGUUGUUAAUCCAAAUAUGACCAUUAACAAUCUGUUUUUUUUCUGGCUAAAACAUAUAUCUCUCAGUGGUCUAUUUCAGUACUUAUUUGUGCAUUAAUUAUGGUAAAAUAACAAGUAUGUGUUCAGUGAAUAAUAUGUUAAACGAUGAUUAGAUUGUGUCUGUUGUGAGUUUUAAUAGUGUUUUGAGGAGGACCAUAAAAUUAAUUGACAAGCUUCAAAAUGAUCUAGAAUGCCAUUUCUUUCCCCAUCUUAUUCUAGGUGCUCAUUUUUGUUC